AAGAUCACCCUUAUUGUCGACACCUCAUCCCUGUCUUUUUGGCUUCCUGCCUCCCUCGCCAUUAUGGCGUACUACUACGACGACCGCAACUACACCCCGCGCGACCGCCGCGCCCCCCGCCCGAUGAGCUACGCUGAUCCCUACGACGAGCCCCGAGGCUAUUCUUCGCGGCACGAGAGGGCAGUCUACCCCCGUCUUGGGAGUGAUGACUCCAUCGAGGAAGUGCAGCGCGACUUUCCCCCCGGCGAAGAGUAUGCCUACGAGCGUGGUGGCUACACCUCCCGCCGCCCCAGGCGACCCGUCUACGAGCGUGUACCCCGGGCGUCGUCGGUUGGCGCUUCGGAUCCCUAUUCCGAUGCUGCAUACUAUCGCUCCCGUCCCCGGAGGACCAGGGAUAAUGAUGAUCGACGUAUGCGCCGAAAGUCCCUCGGUGAGCAAGCUCUCGGUGCCCUAGGCCUUGGUGCUGCCGUUGGUAGUCGUGGAGACCGUGACCGUGACCGUGAUCGUGGGCGAAGGCGCUCGUAUUCCCAUUCCCACCGGCGCGGCCGAUCCUAUUCUUCGUCGUCCCGCUCUCGCAGUCGGGACCGAGGCCGUGGAAACCGUGGCAAAAGCCAACAGCGCAUUGCCCAGGCUGCUCAAGCCGCGCUGACCGCCGGUGCCAUCGAAGCCUUCCGCCAGCGCAAAGAGCCAGGUGACUGGAAAGGAGCCAAAGGAAAGCGUAUCCUCACCGCCGCUGUCACGGCCGGUGGUACCGAUGGCAUCGUCGAUAAAGACCCAAAUAAACAUGGAACACGCCAUAUUAUCGAGUCCACCCUGACAGGCCUCGCGGCCAACCGGCUCGUGAACGGUUCACGCUCGCGAUCCCGUGGCCGUGACGGCGGCCGUCGCGAUCGUUCGUCCAGCGGGCUCAAGGGCCUGGCUGCCAGUGGUGCUUUGGCUGCCGCAGGCAAACAGAUCUAUGACCAUGUUUCUCGAUCUCGGUCACGAGCCCGCGGCCGACAAGACGACGACAGUGACAGUGACGAUGGCAAGCGUGGAUCACAUAGGCGUAGCAAGAGUGUCUCCGACUACAUCGAAAAAGGCAUAGCCGCCUUGGGACUUGGGGGAGCAGCGGGAGCAGAGCGCGACAACGAUCGUCACCGGGAGCGGCGCAGCAGGCGCAGCGCACGAGAUUCAUAUUCCGAUUCCGAUGGAGACAGCGACUACGGCAGGGAUUCGAGACGGAGCAGGGGAUCACGAGAUGUAGGUCGAGUUCGUUCUUUGGGCGGCACAAACCCAUCCCCCUACGCACCCACCAGCGCGCCAUACGAUGAAGAAGGCGGGAGGGGCAUGGCACGCGGAGGGAAUGCGUCUAGCUCGGAUAGUUGUUCUGACCUCGGCGACAGUUCAGAUGAAAGGGAGAAGCGCAAGAAGUUGAAGCGGGAUAUGCUGCUGACGUCCGGGCUGGCGAGCGUGGCCACCAUCCAUGCCGCGCAUUCGGUCUACAAUCGGUAUGAUAAACGGAAGAAACGCAGGGAGCAGCUGGAAUCGGGCGAGAUCACGGCGGAGGAGGCGCGCAAGCGCAGAAUGAAGGCGAAUGCUACCGACGCCCUUGGUAUUGGUCUUGCCGCCCUCGGUAUUAAGGGUGCCUACGGGGAGUGGAAGGAGGUUCAUGAGAAGCGCAAGGAAACCAAGGAAUUCCGGGAGAAGUGUGCUGAGCGUGCGCGAAAGCGGGAGGUGCGUCGUUCACGCAGCCAGGGCGCUAUUCCAUCUCGACGCUACCGCUGGCCCGAUGAGAUCGAGUCGGCCCAUGGCUCGAGCAACGGGCUGAACUAUCGUGAUGGGAAUCCCUUCGGAGCUCAGUCCACGGCUCAGAUAUCCUAUUGA